AAAAUUUAUAUACGUGUUAAAACGUGAAGGAGAACUGGACUGUCCAUUCCGGCCCUAUUUGUUCCUUCAUCUGGACGCUACAGCGUUGGCAGCAUGUCGUUUCCUGCAAAGAAGAAACAGAAGCUCUCCUCAGGAGAGGUUGAAGAGAAGGUCGACUGGAGGAAAAGGAAAGCAGAAAAAAAGGAACAGAAGAGGAGAUGGAAGGAGGCUAAGCUGAUCCAGCAGCUGGAGAAACAAAACCAGGCGAAAGCAGAGGAGGAGAAACAACAGCAGCAGUGUCAGGAGGAGGAGGAGCAGAAGGCUAAAGGUCGUUUGUACACUGUGAGCAUCGCCUUGCCCGGCUCCGUGUUGGACAAUGCUCAGUCUCCGGAGCUGCGGACGUAUCUGGCCGGACAGAUCGCUCGCGCCUGCGCUGUGUUCUGCGUGGACGAGGUGGUCAUAUUCGACGAGCAGGGGGAGGACACCAGGACGGUGCAGGGAGAGUUUAAAGGCGUGGGGAAGAAGGGCCAGGCCUGUGUCCAGCUGGCCAGAAUUCUGCAGUUCCUGGAGUGUCCACAAUACUUGCGGAAGGCGUUCUUCCCCAAACACCACGACCUGGAGUUCGCAGGUGUGUUGAACCCUCUGGACAGCCCCCAUCACAUGCGCAUUGAUGAGGAGGUGGAGUUUAGAGAGGGCAUAGUGCUUGACCGGCCGUGUAAAGCAGCAAAAGGAUCUUUUGUGAACUGCGGAAUGAGGAAGGAGGUUCAGAUAGAGAAGCAGCUUCAGCCGGGUCUGAGAGUGACUGUGCGACUUCAUAAAAACCAGAAACCAGAGAGCCGGGUGCGUAAGGGAGUGGUUGUGGCUCCUCAUGUCCCCAGAACAGAAGGUGGACUGUACUGGGGCUACAGCGUCCGUCUGGCUUCCUGUCUCAGUGCUGUAAUGACAGAGUGUCCGUUUAAAGAUGGCUACGAUCUGACCAUCGGGACAUCUGAGAGGGGCAGUGACGCUGACCACACUUCUCUGCCUCCGUUCAGACAUAUGUUGGUGGUGUUCGGGGGCCUCAAGGGUCUGGAGGAGAGCGUAGCUGCGGAUCCAAAUCUGGACGUGACUGAUCCCAGCGUGCUCUUUGACCUCUACCUCAACACCUGCUCGGGACAAGGCAGCCGCACCAUCCGCACUGAGGAGGCCAUAUUGAUCUCCCUGUCAUCAUUACGGCAAAAAAUUGCCACCUCUCACCACGUCAAAAGAUGACUGCAGGAAUCGAUUCACCACAUGCGUGAAGCUACACACGAGCCAAGUGCUGGGCUGUCCAUCAAAGUGACCAAAAGAGCAGAUCUUGUAUGGGUGGAGGACACAAACUCUAAGUGUGCACUCAUAUAUGUGAAUUGCAGAUUGGGACACAGCCAUAGGACUUGUGCAGCCUCCUCAAUGUUUGCCCAUGUACACCUGCAAAAACUGCCAAUGCUGAUUUGAUAAAAAAAGAAGGCCACAAAUUUGUUUUCUCAAACAUAUAUAAUGUUUUUAAGACACAAUAUGUACAGAACAUUCAUAAAGAGUGACAAGCACAAGAACACAAUCAAAAGUGAUGUCAAAGUUACAGUCAGAAUAUUAAUAAUCAUAUUAGUCAUUUUACAUUCUUCACAUCGUUCCUGUCUCUCAGGCCCUGUCCAGAAUGAAUCCCUGCUCCCUUCUGUCCUGGACACUAGCACAAGCAUCAAAACUACUACAGCCAGGGUCAACUUAUCAAGUAUUAUCAGAUGGGAAAAAUACUACAAAAGCCAUCAUGUUGAGUGAUGUAUUGUUUGUUAAUAUGCAAUGUACAAAUGAGCCCUCUAACCACUCAUAGUGCUUUUAAUUUGUGCUGACCAAUCACAGCUUCAGAUGAUCGUUUGGAUGAAUCAUACAGCAAAAUAAAUAAUUUUGAUCAAAAUAAUGCUGGCUAGCCUUUAACCAUGUUACAUUAUUGAUUCAUCACAAUAUGAUCACAAUACUAGUAUUUUGUCUAUAUUGUGCAGCCCUGCAUUGCAAAAAAUCUUGGCAAGUGAAAUUAUCAUUUUGAGACUGUUGCAAGAAUAUUAUACAUUUAUUUAACUUAUUUCCAGAUAUUUUUACUUCUUUUAAGUGAAGUGUCAUUCUGUUGGCAGACUAUGUUGCUUUUUUCAUGCAUUAUUUCUUAAAACAAGCAAAAAUAUCUGCCAACAAAAUAAGACAGUUUCUUUGGACAAGAUUACUUAAGAAAAGUACUAAAAACAUUAGACAUGUUAAAUAAUUUCAUAAUAUUCAAACAAUUAUAUAAUAGUAGCCAUUCACACCAGAUUUAAGAUGCUUACUGUGAUCCCUCCAGGUUAGAACUUUUCAAAAUUUCUGUGUAAUUAAAUGGUUGAGAUGUAAACAGUCAUUCAGAGUGGUUUGGUGUGAAAUGCUCCGUUCUAGAGAAACUUGCCGAGUCAGAAUUG